AUGCCGAAGCAUUUCACGCUGCAGCAGCCAAUAACACAGCAACUGGCUAUUGCAGCCAUCCAGGCCCUCUCGGUGGAUCAACGCCAGUGGUUGAUCCACGAUGUUGACAGCACAAACCCUGGGUCCACCGAGAUUCAGUACCUUAUGUCACACCCGGAUGAGACGUGUUUGCGACAAAGAUACAAGACGACAGGAGCUGUCCAGUUUCUGUAA